GGUAAGAAUAUGAAACAUUUUCGUUCGAGUCUUCAACAGAGCAUCUAGAUUUAUUGGAUAUCUAAGGGAGAGACCAAGAUACCACAAGAGUUUAUCUAGCUAAUUUCCUGGUCAAUCUCCUGCUGUUAGAAGUAUGGCAUGAGCUGGGUGUGAGCUUUUCUUCACAAAAAUUAUUGCUUAUUGUUCAAAGUUAGAAGUAGCGGCAUCUUUUAUUUCAUGAAUAUGCUACAGUAUAGCUAAAACAGCUCUUAGAGGUUAGAAAAUAAGGCAUUCUAGGGAUUCUCUGAGUUGCUUAUCUCCCAACCCAAUCAUUUCUCUUCAUAUCCCUAAAAAUACUACUCGAGAGGAUAAAUAGAUUAAUAUGCUGCUUCAGAGAUUAAGUUCUGGAACAAAAGAUUUUCAUAAGAAGUCUCAAACAAACCCACUAAAUUUUAGUGACAGACUCGAAUGCAGAAUUACCAGGGGAAGAAACAACACAUAUAUGGAAUCAGGAGAGAAGCCCAGAUAAUCCAGAAUGCUACUUCGUACCUCUCUAGAAAGAGAAAGAAAAAGGGAAGAUGGACUCAUGAAGAACACUCUCAGUUUAUCGAAUGCUUGAAGAAGUACGGCAAAAAUUGGGACAAACUUGAUGAGAUGGUCCCAACCCGAGAUAGCCUCCAGAUCAGGUCUCAUGCUCAGAAAUAUUUCAAAAGAAUCAAGAAUGAUUUCAAUACAAAUGAUCCUGUAGAUUACAUUCGCAAAGGGAUGUGUGACGAGUCUCCAUUCUACAAGUUUGAUAAAUCUAAGUUCAAUAAGGUCUCAAACAAGCUCAUAGAGCCUGAGAGAAAGCUCAUAGAGCCUGAGAGAAAGCUCAUUGAGCCUGCAAGAAAGCUCAUUGAGCCUGCAAGAAAGCUCAUGGAGCAUGUGAGAAAGAAAUAUGAGCCUCUGAAUAAGCCUAAUCCCAAGAAGCAGAUCACUUUCAAUGAGGAAAUACCCUCAGCUCGAAAGCAUCACAAACAAGAGUCUCAAGUCAUUUACAAAAAGAGACUACUCAAACAGAAGAGAAAGUAUGUUGAAGACUCAAGCUCUUCAGAUUUCUUCAAAUCUAAGGCCAAGAAAAGCUAUGAGAAGGCAGAGUACCGCCAAGUGAGUUUAACCAGGCUGAGAGAACAUGCCAGAAGAGCACACAGGAAGCUGAAAAGAAGAGAAUCUCAUUUCAGUAUUGUUCAACCAGAUUCUGAAAAAGUCUACAUUAUCAAGAAAGCAUUUGAAAUAAACAAUUGCAGUACUAAAAGAAGCAUGCCAAGAGAUUUGUCGCAAUGUACAACCAGAGUUCAUCUGCAAGGAGAGAAAACUAAGCUUGAGAAAAAGAGUCGCAAGGCUAAUGAUCCAUACAAAAUGGCUACAUCGAGAAAGAAUAUCCCUAAUAUAGUCCACGGUCCUUCUGAGAGAAUUACUACUGAGAAUAUGAUUACUGAAACUACUAAAGAAGCUAUUCCUCAUAUGCAUGAAACCAAAGUGAAGUUUCCAUAUAUUACUACAUCAAAUUUGCAGCUCUCGUUACCUUUGGUAGAGUCCCAAACUUAUAAUUUCAACCAGAGAAGAUUUGUUCAGGAAAUCGGGCAGGCUCUCCCUCAGAAAGACCAUAUCUGCCAAGUGAGACCAGAAACUACCCCUCAGUUCUUCACCCCUGUCGGACAGGUGCAACAUUCGAAUAUGUAUAUGGAGGAAGAUUUCCAGUUUGAGCUCUUAAUGCAGUGCAUAAUGAUGAAUUACUGUCUCUGUCUUACAUAACCCAGUGAAGACAUAGCAGCUUGUACGGAUCAAAGCUGUAGUAGAUAGAGAUAUAAAUAACUCAUGUUUCUAAAAUAUCACC